CGGAAGUGCUGUGCGGCCACGUGUGCGGCCAUGGCGGGCGGGCUGGAGCCGGACCUGGCGGCGCUGCGACAGGAGCUGAGCGGCCCUGCCGUGCUCUCUGUGCUCAUCGCGCUCAUCGCCGUCGCCGUCACCUUCCUGAUCUGGCGGUUCGUGCAGGGCAGGAGGAGCAGCAGGAAAGCCGUGCUGCUGCUGGGCCUCUGCGACGCGGGGAAGACGCUGCUCUUCGCGCGGCUGCUGUCGGGCAGAUACCGGGACACCCAGACCUCCAUCACCGACAGCUCAGCCACGUACCGGGUCAGCCGGGACAAGGGCACCAAUGUGACCUUGAUCGACCUUCCAGGCCAUGAGAGUUUGAGGCUCCAGUUCUUGGAGAGGUUCAAGGCUGCAGCCAGAGCCAUCGUGUUUGUGGUGGACAGCGUGGCCUUCCAGCGGGAGGUGAAGGACGUGGCAGAGUUCCUGUACCAGGUCCUGGUCGAUGGCACCGUCCUCAAGAACGCACCCGCGCUGCUCAUCGCCUGCAACAAGCAAGAUGUUACAAUGGCAAAAUCAGCAAAACUUAUUCAACAGCAGCUGGAGAAAGAGCUCAAUACCUUACGGGUGACCCGCUCCGCAGCCCCCACCAGCCUGGACAGCUCAGGGGGUCCUGCCCAGCUGGGCAAGAAGGGCAAGGACUUCGACUUCUCCCAGCUGCCUAUGAAGGUGGAAUUCGUGGAGUGCAGUGCUCGGGGCAGCAAGGGGGAGGAGGGAGAGGCUGACUUGGAGGGCCUGGAGAAAUGGCUGCUGAAGGUCGCCUGAACAGGGAAGGGCAGGGCUUGGGGGGCAGGACACUUGGGGGCUGAAGGGAAGAAGAUAGUCUGGAGCACUUAAAUCUCAUCUGGCUGUAGAAAGAAGGACCUGAAGCUGGAAUUGAGCACUAUGGGAGAUUUUCCCAGAUUGUGUCUCAUUGCACAUUGCAGUGUCCUACUGCAGGAAUAUUUUUCCCUUUUUUUUUGUGGCUUUCUCUUGUUUUAGAGUUGAGGGAAUGGCUGGCUCCUGGCAGACUCUUUUUGUCCUUUGCAGACCCCUCCUCUCCAGUUUGGUACUUCCUCCAUCACUCAGCUCAUCUGUUGUGUUCUUUUCUUUGGGGCUUUCCCUGUCUCCCUGUAGCAUUACCAAGUAUUGGGAAGGGCAGGAACAGCCUUCCCAAAGCCCUGUGCCCAUAACAAAGCUGAUCCUUGCAUUUCUAGUCUCGGGAACCCAGUAGCUCUUCCACUAUCCAUGCAGGAGGUGGGGAGGGUUAUAUUUACCAAGGAUAUUAUAUUCUUCUAUUUCCUGCAGCCAGAGUCUUGUCAGAACAUGUUUGUCAUGCUUUGAGCUCCUUUAGCUGAAGAUCCAAGGCUGCCUGCUUCAAAUCCAUGGUGCCCAUGGUUUUGGGCAAAAAAUUGCUGGUUUUUUGGGUGGUUGUUCUUGUGAAGAUGCAUCUCCUUGAAAAGCAGAGGCCAAGCACCAGCCUCUGUGUAAGGGGGAUGGAAAGGCACCAAUGAGGCCACAAUUGGUUUUAAGUUAUUCUUUUUAAAAGUAUUCCUGAAAUAAAUUUUUUUUUUUUUGCUUAAAUGUUUGUUCUCAAGUCUUGCUUUAGUCUGUGUGUUUGCCUUGGCCCUUCUCAGUGGUGUCAGAUCCAAUUGGAUGGGGCUCUGCUCCUGCUCAGCAUGUUUGGGAUCAACCUUCCUCCUCCAGGGCCAGGUCUGUGUUGUCAAAAAGCAUCCUCUUCUGCACACACAGGGCUUUGGGGUUGGGUGUUUCUGGGUGUGUGUGUUUGCACCUUAGUCUGAAUGUUAGAGAAUUGGGAAAUUCAUUGAUAAAUUGACAAUCACAUAGCAAAAAAAUGACUGAAAAACUUUUAAAGGAGACACUUUGCUGACACACAUGGGAAAAGCCCAGCCAGCUGCAGGGCGUGGUGGUUUAGGUGACAGAGCACCACUGCUGUGCCAUGGAGGUGACUGUGGCACCCCAUGGCUUCACAGCUGGGUGGAGAUGGCUCAACUUUCCCUGCAGGGCUGUGUGGCUGAGCUGGAGCUGCUCCCAGAACUGCCCAUGCUGGAGCUGUUGCAGAGCUCCCUGUGUUCUUUGGGCCUCACUCCACGACCUGCCUGUCAAAUAUUCGGGGCUGUUUCUCCCCAGUGGCUGAAGGAGAGGGAGAAGGGCAGAACUGGAAACUCUGAAUGUUGUGUUCUUGGGGGUUUUUUUCCCCUCAGUCAGCUUAGUGCUUUGUUCUUUGCUCUUCUGCCCUUGUUCCUAGUCUGUGGCUUUGUGCUGGCCAGGCACGACGCUCCUCAGCCACUGCAGCUUGGCAGUGGUGUGUUGGGAUGGCUUUGGCAGGACAGUGGGAUAAACUCAGUCCCUUCUGCUCCAGCUGUGUUCACACAUGUGCAGGGAUUGAGGCUCUCACUGUGCUCUAAAGCUCUUUUGGUCAAUGUUUUUUGCUAUGGGUUGUGCUCCAGAUUGUCCCCCUGGAAAAGGCAGAUAUUUUUGGAGGAGAUUGAUGAGCACAGUGAGAUCUGGGAUAGCAGAAACCAACUGACAGUGGAGGAGAGGUUGCUGAAAGGCGAAGAAAAGCAAAAAUAAUAAUGCCUGGACAUCAGCAUCCUGAGGGUGAUGGUUUCCAAGGGUGUUUAGGGAAAAUCUGCCAGGUGGAGGGGGGACAGGAAUAGCAUGGACAGACUUCAAUUUCAUAGAGACUUGCUGAUCCAGAGCAAAUCCCCCUCUCCUGCCCUUUCACUUGACUCCCUUUGUGAGCACAGAUGCAGCAGGGCCAAGAGCACAGGGAAAAGAACAAUGCCUUGCCUCUCAUAGCAAUGGGAUAAGGACAGGGGCUGAGUACAGUUACCCAAGAAAACU